CAGUCCAGGAGUUCUUCGUCUCAAACACACUACAGGAUUAGAGGCUUACAGAUGGUUUUGUGCGCGGCGAACCACUAAUGCACAGCUGUGAUAUUUCUCCAAAGGUCGCCCAAGACACACAGAUUGGCAUCAGGCUGAUGAAGAGUGACAUUUUGAAGGAUGUUCAGGUGUCCCAGAGCUGCUGUUUCCUGCGCCACCUGCUGCGUUUCUACGUGGAGCGCGUGUUUGGGAGCCCCUCCGCCAGCCACAUGCUGCAGCAGAGGAGCACAGGGGUGCUGGCCAACGCCUUCCUCAGCAUCAAGAAGGACCUGCGCCAGUGUCAUGAUCAGAUGCACUGCCAGUGUGGAGAGCAGAGCAGAUUAAAGAUGGAGGCCAUCCUCGCCAGUUUUGACAAGUUGGAGCCCCAGGCUGCUGCAGUGAAGGCGGUGGGAGAGCUGGGUGCGGUGUUGGAGUGGCUGGAAUCCUUCCACACCAGCAGAGACGCUCCCUUGGAGGCCAUGCACGGCUAGGACCAGUCCCAAUGUCACGCCACGCCACGCCACGCCACGCCACGCUACACCACACCACGCUACACCACACCACGCCAUGCUACACCACACCACCCCACGCCACGCCACGCUACACCACACCUCAUUUCAAUGUCCUCGUCUUGCGCCUUUUUAUACAGUCUCCUAAUUUAUAGAGUGAAUUCAUAAAACGAUUAAUUUAUUAUGUGUUUAUUAUCAUAGACUCAUUCAAUUUAUUGAAUGGAUUUGUUAUUUCAGUGUCACAUACUUAAUUUGCUAAAUUAAAUCAUUAUUUCAAUGUUUUAAAGAAUGCUUUCAUUUAAUUAAUGAAUAUAUACAAAGCCCUGUUCAUAACAAUUUUAUAGAAUGUCAGAAUUGACCAAAUGAGUUCAUUAUUUCAAUGUCCUGCUGUUGUUGCUGUGCACUGACAGUGAGAAUGACUUGUCACAGUCUUGAAACUUGCGUUAAUUUAUUGUCAGUAAAACAUAAUUUUUUUCAGUUGUUUUAACUUAUGGUGCUUUCAUGUUAGCAAUGAUGCUAUACUGAACAUUAAAUGACCUUUGUAAGAUGUUUUUGUACAGAUGUUGAUUAUAUUGUUUUACAAUAAAGCUCUAAGUGUUUGAGAUAAA